GCGUGUUGUUGUCUUUGAUCAUCUUCCCUUUUUUGGUUGCUCAUCGUCUUGCUUGCUUGUGUGCGUGCAUCAGGCUGCUGCUUCUACGCCAAGCUCACCACCGUUCAUUGCAUCUCGACAUUUCGCAUCCUUUGCUACAGAAUGACGCGGUAGCUUAGCUCUCGACACUUCCACAUCCCGCUCAACCCCUCCGACAAACAAUCUCGCCGCUGCUUCCAUCACCCCUAUCACAACACCUGCCGUCAUCCUGCCAGCGAAGUCACGAUACCUAUGUUUAUGGGAAUGCCGCUCCCCUUCAUCUGCCGUCUUACCCAACAUUUCCCUGUGCCCAACCCGCCCCAGACUUGGACGUGCCUCGCACAGGUCGACUGACCACGGAAAUCUUCCCCGAUCGACCCUCGACUCUCUCCGAAUUACAUGAUAUAGACUCUCUACACAAUAUUCAGCAGGCUCUGUGCCUUUUCUCUCUUAUUCCAGCAUGCCGACGGAAAGGCAUCCGCCUAGCGAGGCCGGUCGUCCGGCUGCCCUUGUUGCAGCUCGUGAACGAGGCGGUACAGCACCUGGUACACCCUCACGGCGCGACAGAGUACGCGAGAGCUCUGCUGUGCAGGAUCCCGGACUCAAGGAUUAUCGACUUGGCGAAUGCCUGGGUAAAGGUGCCUUUGGGUCUGUAUAUAAAGCCUUCAACUGGAAUACAGGAGAAGCUGUUGCUGUCAAACAAAUUAAGCUCUCCGAUCUACCAAAGAGCGAGCUACGUAUGAUUGAGAGCGAAAUCGAUCUCCUUAAAAACCUUCGACAUGAUAAUAUUGUCAAGUAUGUCGGGUUUGUCAAGUCCAAGGACUGCCUGAACAUCAUUCUAGAAUACUGCGAGAAUGGCUCUUUACACUCUAUUUGCAAAGCAUACGGAAAAUUCCCCGAAAAUCUCGUCGGAGUAUACAUGACGCAGGUGCUUCAGGGUCUACAGUAUCUUCAUGACCAAGGUGUCAUUCAUAGAGAUAUUAAAGGCGCCAAUAUUCUCACAACCAAGGACGGCACCGUCAAACUCGCAGACUUUGGCGUUUCUACGAGUACAUUGGCCAACGGCCAAGACAAAGAGGCACAAGUCGUGGGUACACCAUACUGGAUGGCCCCUGAAAUCAUUCAAUUGUCCGGAGCCAACUCUUCUUCGGAUAUCUGGAGCGUUGGUUGCACAGUCAUUGAAUUGCUACAGGGAAAGCCACCAUACCACAACCUGGCCGCGAUGCCGGCAUUAUUUGCGAUUGUAAAUGACGACCAUCCCCCUCUUCCAGAAGGGAUAUCUGCGGCCGCGCGUGACUUUCUUAUGCAAUGUUUCCAAAAGGAUCCCAACCUAAGAGUUUCGGCAAAGAAACUUCUGAAACAUGCGUGGAUAGUAAGCUGCAGAAGAGCGGCCGAUGCUCCUGUAGCCAAAGCCCCCGCCAACUUCAGCCAAGCUGUUGAAGAGGUCAAGCAAUGGAACAAGGCCCUUAACUCAUCCGAUCCCCAUGUUCGAAUGUCUUCUGGGUCCGAUAUGCACCCUUCCGCUCGAGUUCCAAGUGGAACGCCAGCGAAAGGCCCUCUCAGUCUCAAACCGCGGGCUGCUGUUGAGGCUUUCACCGCUGCAGAACUCGAUGACGACAACUGGGAUAAUGACUUCGCAACAGCAAUUUCGCCUAAUGCUUUACAGUUGCCCCAUUUACGUCCGCAAGACAACUUCGGAGGCCUACUGUCUGGCGAUCGCUUGAAGGCGUUUGCAUCAAAUAACGACCACAAGACCGAUAAAUUGUCAUACGAUGAUGACUUUGAAGGCGAAUUACUAACCAUCAAGGGUCACAACCAUAAUCAAACCCACGACGAUGUUCAAGACCGAACUAUACGUCCAAUUACAAGAAAGCCACCGAAACUCCCGGAACAACAGCACCGAGGCCACCAACGUGCGAAAUCAAUCCCAAAUAAAAUUAAUACCAACGUCGGCCAAUCGUAUACACAAUCUCCUGCUAAGCCAGCGCUUGGAAACAAGUUUGAACUGCCAAUCUCCAACAAUGUUAUCCAUAGAGAGCGGAGUAUUGAAGACUACUCGGACCUCUUUGUUGAUAACGAGAAUGUCUUUAACCAAAAGUUUGGUCAGGAUACUCGUGGUUUAGACUCACCGCAAUUAUUCCAUCCUUCUGACCUGACGAGCUUGCCAAGAUCUAUGCAAACCAGCGACGGCGGAAGCAUGCGAAAGCGGCCACCAUCUCGUCCCUCUGUCCUGCCUGACCGCCCCAUGCGUAGGACGCGGUCGUCAGUUGAAAUUCAGAAAUUUGCUGAAAAUGACGACGAAGACUUUUCCGAUGUAUUCGGCGUUGAGGGCUCGCACGCCUCCAAGGUUGAAAGUGAUCGUGGAUCUGAAGAUGGUGCUCUUAUGCUCAUGUCUAAAAUGUCCAGCAACUCAUGGCUUGCAGAUGAGGAAGACGAGGACGACCCAUUUGCAGCUAUGGAUCAAGGCUGGGACGAGAUGGAUCUUGAAGCAAAUAUUGCCCGAGACAGGCACGCUAGACUCGCUGAGAAGGUUGAGGAACUAGUAGUCUGUCUCAAAUCCGAAGAAGGCGAGGCGAUUCUCACCGAAGUAGCAGAAGACCUCCUGGCCAUGCUCUGGGAGAAUCCCGAAACGAAGAACCUAAUCAUCGCGUCCCAUGGGUUGCUCCCAAUUCUUGAAAUUUUAGAGCCAUGUACGGUUAAAAGCAGACAAUACAUGAUCCUGCAGCUGCUCAAAGUUGUCAAUGCGAUUAUCCUGGACGAUGUCGAGAUUCAAGAAAACUUGUGUUUCGUGGGUGGUAUACCAAUUAUUACAAAGUUCGCGGCUCGUCAAUACUCUGAUGAAAUCCGACUGGAAGCUGCUGCAUUUGUGCGACAAAUGUACCAAACUUCGACUCUCACACUCCAAAUGUUCGUCUCAGCAGGCGGUCUCAACGUCUUGGUCGAGUUUCUGGACGAAGACUACGACAACGCUAGGGACCUGGUUCUCAUCGGCGUCAACGGCAUCUGGAAUGUCUUUGAACUACAAGGGCCAACACCCAAGAACGACUUUUGCCGUAUCUUCUCUCGAAGCAAGAUUCUCUACCCCCUUGCCCUUGUUCUCCAUCGAGUCUUGGACGAAGAAGGGGAAGAUAACCUUGGUGAGCUGAUUGAAGGGCGUAUCGUCAACAUCUUUUAUCUCUUCAGCCAAGCCGAGAAUUACGUCAAGGAAAUGGUGGCUGAUCGACUUGUCCUUAAGAGCGUGUUGAAGGACUUGCGUCGCAUGACUGCUGUCCAUCAGAUUACAAUGCUCAAGUUUAUCAAAAACUUGUCCAUGUUAUCCACCACCAUUGAGACUCUCCAUUCCGCUGACGCCAUCGAAGUUCUCAUCGAUCUUCUCAGCUACGGCAUGAAGAGGAAUCAGCCCCAAUUCCGCGAAAUGUCGAACCAAGUAUUAAACACGUUAUUUAACCUUUGUCGACUAAGCAAAGAACGACAAGAGGACGCGGCUGUCGGUGGCAUUAUCCCGUUGCUUUUACGCAUCAUGCGCACCGAUCGCCCUCCAAAGGAGUUUGUGCUCCCCAUUCUUUGCGACAUGGCUCACUCUGGAUCCAAAGGACGUCGAUAUCUGUGGCAAAAUCGAGGUCUUGAGUUUUACGUCUCGCUUCUUACGGACCAAUACUGGCAGGUUACUGCAUUGGACGCCAUCUUGAUUUGGCUGCAAGAGGAAACUGCCAAUGUUGAAAACCACCUGAUUGACGGGAGCUUUACGCGGGCCAUUAUCAGCGGCUUUAACACGAACAAGCUCAAUUCGUUUGACUCCAACUUGCUUGAGCCCCUUCUCAAGCUUCUCCGUCUCAGCCCAGGAGUAGCUGCAUCCCUCGCCAAGCCUGAGAUGUUUGCUGGCAUUGCUCAGCGUCUUGGCCACAAAAAGGCCGUUGUUCGCCUCAACUUGCUGAGACUGGUGAGGGCCAUUACUGAUGCUUCAGACCCUGACCUAGGGUCUGGUGACGGAACAAGCACUGUCAACAGUGCUCAGGUCCGAUCUCUUAUGGAAGCUAUCCAAACGCUGGCGGAGAUGGACUCGGCACUUCUUGUUCGCAAUCUUGCCUCUGAGCUCGUGCGCUCUCAUACCGAAGGAAGACCGUCCCCUGCUGCGGUGAUGCUGAUGCGCCACGACUCCGUAGCGGCACUCUCGUCACAGCCAGGCUCGGCGUCUUCGCAACGUCGCUCAGGCACCCGCCGCAACACGAGUUUCACUCCCCCCAAUCUCCCCGGAUCCAUGUCGUUCCCACAAACCCCGACACACCGCAGCCGCGCCAGCUUAGCAGGCAACACGCUCAUCGAGAUUGCUGCUAGCCCGCGUCGAGGCCCCCCAGCUGACCGAAUCGCCCAAGAAGCCAUGUACCGCCCACGAAGCCGGGACGGGCCAUCAUUGAUAACCAACAUCCCGCGCCGCGUCAGCGGUGAUGCCAGCUCCAUCAGUAGCGCCACCAGCAGCGUCUCGUCCAACGCAAGCUCGAUGCUUCCGCCGUCGUCAAAGAGCCGUCUCCCGCGGACCUCGCUUGCGAACCUAACAACAUCCCGCGGCGCCGGUGCCAUUGGCGUUCGAUCCGAGCUCGCUCCGCCCAUGGUUGUGCGGACAGAAAGCAACACGCCAAGUAACAGAGACGUCACAACACCAAACUCUAGUCGUCUCCCACACUGGGCAUCUGCCUUCUCGCGCGAGAGUAGCGUCGGCAGCAGUACGCCGGGCAGCGCAAAUAGCUCACGAGAUGGCCCUGGACGAAGACGGGCCCGAGGGGCAUCUACGGAUAUUCGGUGGUAGCUGCGUCAACAGGACAGAAUAGGCCGAAAAGACUUUUAAUGUACAUAAUAGAGGAGCAGCAAUAGCAGCAGCGUACUCUGAAAAAAGCAUAUUAGCAAAGACAAUACACUCAUCAUAUGUAUACUUCCCCAUCUUUUGUACCGUGAUAAUACAUCGACAGUAUGUCAGGCUCCUGUUUACGUAGUAGUUGAUUAAAC